CAGUGUGAGUGCAGAUGCUGAUGAGCUGGGGUGGGGGGCGUCCCAGAUGCCAGCGUGUGGGAGGACGGCCCAGCCCUGGGCAGCAGGAGUCCUCAGCUGCCUUUUCCUGGGAAGGAGGUGGGAGAACGCCGACCGCUUAGCUCAGCGGAGUGGUCUGUACCCAGGGGAGCCCUCUCCUCCCGUGUCCCUCCCACCCCGCCUGCAGGGUGCACACAGGUGAGAGGACAGCUGGCCUCACCCUGAUGCCCUGCAGGGUCUCUCGUGGGUGUGGGCCUGGCCCCGUCUCGGGGCUGAGCGCUCACUCCCCAGGGGCUGUGGCGGCUCUGUGUCAGCAUCUGCACAUUCUAGUUUGGCAUCACAGCUAAGCGGUCCCCACGGCGCUUCCUAAGAAGCUGGACCGACGUGGUCCUGCGAUCGAGUUCCUUCUUGCUGCCCCCCUGGCUGUCUUCCAGCCCAGCAUUCCCACUGCCUGGCUCUCCUCCUGCCUGAGUGACAGGCAGCACUGAGGGGGUGGGGGGCGCGAGGGCUUGCUGCCGUGGCCCAAGCACAUCUGUGUCCCCUGGCUGUCCUCGUGAUGUGGCAUCUCCAGGACAGUGCCAGGAGCUCAGGGCUGCAAAGAGCCUCGGGUGCCUGAGUGCGUGCCCAGGGCCGUGAGGAUCCCUGCUUGGCAGUCAAGAGCCUAAGCAAGGCCCCUCUGUUGCCACGCUCAGGCACCGUCCCACGGCUGGUGACACUCAACCUGGACAGCUUUGGCCCUGCCUCGUCCAAUGAGUCUUGGCCCUUGGAGCCCUGCGGUUUCCUCUCCCAGAACUUUUCAUGAUCUCACUCUUGAGAAUUUUGUGGGUGGAGUGUCUCCAGGGCCCUCUGCGCUGCCCCCGCGUCCCCAGAGCAGCUGAGGCGCUGUCACCACAUGGCCGUGAGAUGGGCAGGCUGAGCUCUCCCACCGCGGCUGGGGCUUUUGCUGGGCACGGUGCCGCAGGACCAGCACGGGUCCUGGGGAGCCCGGCCACUGCUGCACCGGCAUCCUGGGUAUGGCGGCGGGCCCCAGAAGCCCACAGCUGGGAGGGGACCUGGGCUCAUUUUUUAGCCAGAGGGCAGCCGUCGGGUCAGUAGGAUUUAGGAACAGAAGUGACCGUCGCCAGAAACGCGCCGCUGACGGCAGAGGGGAGCUGCCCUGCGCGCUCAGGCCGGUGUCCCCUGCCGCUGCAGGUUCUGCGGGGAGUGCCUCCAGCCGUGCCUGCAGGUCCCGUCCCCGCUGUGCCCGCUGUGCCGCCUGCCGUUCGACCCCAAGAAGGUGGACAAGGCUGCCCACGUGGAGAAGCAGCUCUCAUCCUACAAGGCACCCUGCAGGGGCUGCAACAAGAAGGUGACGCUGGCCAAGAUGAGGGUGCACGUUUCCUCCUGCAUGAAGGUCCAGGAGCAAAUGGCCAACUGCCCCAAAUUCGUCCCCGUGGUGCCCACAUCCCAGCCCAUCCCCAGCGCCGUCCCCAACAGGUCCACCUUCACUUGCCCCUACUGUGGCGCCCGAAACCUGGACCAGCAGGAGCUGCUGAAGCACUGUGUGGACAACCAUCGCAGCGACCCCAACCGCGUGGUGUGCCCCAUCUGCUCGGCCAUGCCCUGGGGGGACCCCAGUUACAAGAGCGCCAACUUCCUGCAGCACCUGCUACACCGGCACAAGUUCUCCUACGACACCUUUGUGGACUACAGCAUCGAUGAGGAAGCGGCCUUCCAGGCGGCCCUGGCCCUGUCUCUCUCCGAGAACUGAAGGCACAGCCCAGCCCCGGGACCUGAGCCCUCCCGCCUCGGGGGGACGGGGCGUGCGGUCUCCCUGAGGCCCAGCGCCUGCGUGGGAGUGGGAGUGCGCCUCGGGGACCAGGCGGGGCCUCCGUUGUCGCAGGAGGGGCGGCCCCCGAGCCCGUCGGGCCGCGUCCUCACGGGGCGGCCACCAGUGCUCCUGGCCGGGCAUUGCUGGUUUCUUCGGUGCUUCGAGCUGAGCAGGUGGCCCUGGUAGGGCCGGCUCGUUGGGCCUGGGAGCAGUCGACUGUCUGUCUGUCUGUCUCAAAGCCAUGAUGUCCUCCCCGUACGCACGGAGACCCGUCCUGCCCACGCUGCGUCCCGCAGGCCUGGCCGCUGCACGGGAAGCGCGGGAGGGGAGCCCUGGCCAGCAUCUGGCACACUUUCCCUUUGCGCGCACGGUACUGGCUUUUGUGAUACCUGGAGAUUCUGGCCUUUUUCUACGUCACCCAGUGUGAGAACCUUUUCACAUUUUAUAGAACAGCUACUCUACAAACCGCAAUCCCGCGUUUGACCAGGGGCAAUAGUAUUUUUAUGGAACAUUUACAGAAUUAUAUUUUUUAAAAAAAAAGCAAUCAAAAAUAAACAGUGGUGGGGUCAGUGCAGGGAAGGGAAAGAGGCGGGCAGACCUCGGAGCCCUAGCGCGGCCGCGGGGCUUUGCUGGGGUGCGCGCAGGACCGCGGUGGCCAGGGUCCCUUUCAUAGUCGCCAGGAAGAAGCCCCCAGUGCCCCCCUGGCUGCUCACAGUGCAGGCCUCCUCCUGCCAGGGUCCUGGCCUCGGCCCCGCUGUCACCUUCCCAAGCGGACCACGGACCGUGUAGGCCACCCCGGGGGACGACAGGCGGGGCUGGAAGACGCCAUCUCACUCUUUUCGGUUCACGGCAUAAAUUAUUGCUCUUUUAAAAAAAAAAAAACGUAAAUAAAACGUUUCAAAGCAUCUA